UGCUUCCGCUGCGAGAAGUCAUACAAGACCCGAUUGGCCUGGCACCAGCAUAUAGCAGACUCCUGUCGUCACAACAUGUGUCCCAAGUGCGAUUGGCUGGACUAUGACACGGAGGAAGAGCUCAGGGAGCAUAUGACGGAUGAGCACAACAGCUGCUGCGUCUGCAACAGAUGCUUCACCUGCCCAUCCGGUCUGAAAAAUCACCACCUCGUUCAUUGGAUCAGGACUGCCGAAUGCUAUUCGUGCCAUGGCAGCUUUGCGUCCAAAUCCGCCGUGAUCCUGCACUUGGAACAAGGAGCCUGCGAGUCUGGCGUCAGGCUACAACACAUCGACUACUGUGCAAAGGCUUGCCAUUCUGCCCAGUGGUAUCUUCACGCUGGCGGUGGCUACAAGUGCCCGACUUGUGACUGGCGUUUCAGGUUUAUGAGUGCACUCGUGCAGCAUGUGGAGAGCGACAGUUGUGACGAGGCCAUGAGGUGGAAAAACGAUCCUCUGGCGAUAUUCUUCCGGUUUAUAAAAACAUCAAUU